AUGAUUGCUACAACACAAUUACACAAUUCGUGCACAUUGAAAUUAUCUGGGACAACUGCUGCAGCGUCAUUAGCUGGAGGGAUUAUUGCCUUGACAUUAGAAGCCAACCCAAAUUUGGGCUGGAGAGAUAUACAGCAUAUUAUUGUAAGAACUGCAAAACCACAUUCUUUACGUGCUGCUGAUUGGCAAAAAAAUGGACUUGGUCGUUGGUUCUCUCACUCAUACGGGUAUGGUCUCCUUGAUGCAGGUGCAAUGGUCCGAAUGGCACGUAAAUGGAAAAAUGUUCCAAAAGCUUUAAAUUGUUCAAGCGUUUAUCACCAGGAAGAUGAUUUUAUUGUCAUUGAAAAUGGAACAAGUUUUAAUGCAACUUUAUACACUGCAGGGUGCUUAGAUAAUGGAUAUGAUAAUCGAGUUAAUUUUCUAGAGCACGUCCAAGCAAUUAUUGACUUGGGGGUUUAUACUCGUGGCAAAGUAGAAAUUUAUUUGACAAGUCCUAAAGGAACUCGUUCAAAACUUAUGUCUAAAAGGCCUAAAGACACCAGCAGUCUUGGCUAUAUUAAUUGGGAAUUUAUGUCCGUUCAUUUUUGGGGAGAGAGUUCUGAUGGUAAUUGGACUUUGGAGAUUAAUAAUGCUGAUGAAGAAAAUAGUAUGUAUAGAGUAAAGAAAAGUUGGGCUAUAGCUAUUUAUCUCCUUCGGCUAGUGUAA